AUGCAUCUGGGCUGGGAAUGCACAGAUAUCCCAGGUGGGUUGGAGGUGGGUCGAGGAGGCCUGGAGGACCCGGUGCCUGGAGACAAGCCCCUCUGUGCAGAGGAUGUGGGCAGCCCAGAUGCAUCUUGGAGCCUUCCACCCGCACCCCAAUCCUGCCCCAACACGCUGGGCCCCUCCUCCCGGACCGGCCAGGCCAGCACCUUGGCAGGGGCCUCAGGACGCCCGAAGGCCGGGGCCGCAGGUGCAGGACCCUCUGCGCGGGAGCUGGGGGGAUCGCUCCUCUGCUCUGCCCGCUUUUAUGAAAGGGCCUCUGACCCUCCCGCUGCCCCGCUCAAUCUGCCCGUGCACCCCGGCCAUCUGGGGGCCGCCCCGCUCCCCGCAGCCCCGCGCCCCCCAGCCCCGCCGCCCCCCCGCCCCGCGCCCCGCCGCCCCGCUCCCCGCUCCCCGCCUCCCCGCUCCCCGCCGCCCCGCUCCCCGCAGCCCCGCAGCGGCCCCCUGGACCCGCCCAGCUCGCCCCAUGCACAGACUCGCGGCAGCUGCGAGCGGAGCCAACCUGCCCCGCGGGGAACCCGCGCCGCGCGCGAGCUGGACCCGCCCAGGCGCGAACUCUCCUGGAGAAACGCCCCUGGCCGUUUUCCUGCUGCCUUUAGCGUGAACCGCGGGUGCAGUGCCUCGCAUGAAAACAAUAAAUUCCCUGUCACGUUUGCUGCGAACGCGGGGUGUUCCCGAAACUCCGCGGCUUCCCGUAAACCCCGCUCCUUCCUCAUCGGGGAGGUGGGUCCGGCGCGGGUCCGCCGCCUCCUUCCCGGCCCCUCCCUCCCGUCUGUUUCAUUUUCCUGGGGCUCCGGGGCGCGGAGAAGCUGCAUCCCGAGGAGCGCGUCCAGCAGCGGACCUGGCCAGGUGGGCGGGGGCCCAGCGGGCGCGCUCCGGGAGGGGCGGGAACGAGCUGCAGGCCGUGUGGGGACCCGCGUCUCUGCCCUGCGCCCCGGGCUCGAGUCUUGA